AUGGUUACUCUUCCAGGGGUUUGCUUCACUGCAUUUCCCUGGAGUUUUAAUGCGGAGCAGAGGAAAAAUCCCCGUCUCACUUUCUUCUACACAAGCCACCCCAACUUCUCAAGGAAGAUUUUUGCUGGAGAGUCUUCUUGUGAUUCCCGGUUCCCAUCUUCUACGGUCUAUUCAUCAGAGCAGGAACUUAAAAGCAGAAAGUGCAAGAGUUGCAACCUUACUCUGCUGUCUCGUACUGGUGCGGGCUGCAAUAUUACAAGAAAAUUAGCUUCAUCAAAUAAUUCAAGGAAGAGAAGUCCAAAGUCAUUGGGUUUCUUAGUUCUGACUUCUCCAUCACAUAGUCAUUUGAAAUUUAUGCUGAUGUUGGGAUUUUUAACUCUGCAAAGCACUCAACAAGCAAUCGCAGGUUCAGAGAUUGGUAGCGGAUUGCAAUCAAUUCCAUAUUUAGGGGAUCUCGGCGAUAUUAGCACAGGUUUUGCUUCAGCAUUCUUGCUGAUAUUUUUUUCUGAACUUGGGGACAAAACCUUCUUUAUCGCUGCACUUUUAGCUGCUAGGAACUCAUCUGCUGUUAUCUUCCUUGGGACUUUUGGAGCCCUUGCGGUAAUGACAAUCAUAUCUGUUGUUCUUGGACGAACUUUUCACUUUGUUGAUGGUAUCCUCCCAUUCAGGUUUGGUGACGCUAAUUUGCCCAUUGAUGAUCUUGCUGCAGUUUGUCUUCUGGUAUAUUUUGGGAUUUCGUCCUUACUUGAAGCUUCCUCUGGUGAUGGCCUAAAAGCAGACGAAGAACAAAAGGAGGCUGAGCUGGCAGUUUCAGAACUUUCCGGAUCUGGUGAGGGUAUUUUGGCUGCGGCAAACACAGUCUUCAGCACUUUCUUGCUAGUUUUUGUUGCUGAAUGGGGUGACAAAUCAUUUUUCUCUACAAUUGCACUUGCUGCCGCCUCAUCGCCUCUUGGGGUCAUUGCGGGGGCAUUAGCUGGUCAUGGAGCUGCGACAUUGCUCGCUGUUCUAGGAGGUUCUUUUCUGGGGACAUACUUAUCUGAGAAGGUUAUUGCUUACAUUGGUGGCUCCCUCUUCCUCGUUUUUGCUGCAGUUACAUUGAUCGAGAUAAUCACUUAG